AUGAUCAUGUCCACAUCCAUCAGCGGCCUCAUCUUCUCCACCUUCUCCGGGCAGCCCCUCUCCAUCCUCGGAGCAACCGGCCCCUUCCUUGCGUACAGCCUGGUUGUCUAUGAUCUGGCCAUCGCGGUCGACGUGGAGUUCAUGGUAUUUUACUUCUGGGUCUGCAUGUGGUGCUCGCUCUUCACCAUCCUGGUGGCAGUGUUCGACCUGUGCGCGCUGAUGAAGCAUGUCACCAUGUUUUCCGAAGAUAUCUUCGCCGGGCUGAUCUCUUUGAUCUUCAUCAUCGAUGGGGCCAGGCCACUCAUCGAGAAUUUCACGGAAAGCCGCAUGCCGCUCGUGAGUGCCAUGUUCGAAAUGUUGCUUUUCCUGUAUACUUUCGGACUUGCGACAUGGCUGUCGCAAUUCCGGCGCAAGCCUUGGUCCUUCCGUUUCGUGCGCAACUUCCUGGCCAACUUCGCAGUGACGAUCGCAUUGAUUACGGCUUCAGCUUUCGCCGCCAUCUACUCCGAGGAAACCAACCUCAGGAUGUUGCAGGUGGAUGCAGACUUCUCCCCAAACCUCGUUCUCUCCGACGGCAGCAAGCGGCCUUGGAUCGUAAAUCCGGCGGGCAUUGACCGCCCCUUUCCGGCCUGGGGCAUUGCAUAUGCUAUCCUGCCAGCGAUUGGAUUUGCAGUCCUCGGAUACCUGGACCAGAACUUGACAUCUGUGAUCGUGAACAGGCCGGCCAACGGCCUUUCGAAGCCACCCGGAUACCACUUGGACCUCUUCGUCCGAGGAGCCCUGACACUUCCUGUCUGCGCCGUCCUGGGCCUGCCCCUCUCUGUGGCCUCGACAGUGCCAAGCAUCACCCAU